GUUCGUUUCCGGGAUACAUGUUUUCUAUCAUGUUUUGUACAUUUUCAUGAAAAAGCUUUUCCGCGACUCAAUUCUAAUCGUAAUAGAAUUGUAAAUCGUACAUACACAAAACAAGGAACGACUGAAAUGGACCACAGGUCUGAGAGAAGAAUACAAGACACAAAACAAAAGGCCAGACCAGAACUGAAAGAGAAAGAAGACUGGGUCCGAUUAGACUAUUACCAUACUUUUAAUACAUCACGAUCAUCAGUGAAAGAUAAUGUUGAUCGAAUAGAUGCCAGAAGGGUCUCUUAUGAAGAGUUUGUUGUGAAAUAUGAAUCUCUGUACAAGCCAGUUGUAAUUACACAUGUUCAAGAUGGAUGGGCAGCUCAGAAGAAAUGGACUGUUCAAAGGUUAGCCAAGAAGUAUCGCAAUCAGAAAUUCAAAUGUGGUGAAGACGACGAUGGUUACUCGGUGAAGUUAAAGAUGAAAUAUUACUGUGAAUAUCUACAGACCACCCAUGAUGACAGCCCUCUCUACAUCUUUGACAGUAGCUAUGGAGAUCAUCCUAAGCGCAAGAAGCUUUUGGAAGAUUAUGAUCUGCCUGGAUACUUCACAGACGAUCUGUUCAAGUAUGUAGGGGAGCGCAGGCGACCACCAUACAGAUGGUUUGUUAUGGGCCCUGCUAGGUCAGGUACAGGAAUCCACAUAGACCCAUUGGGUACCAGCGCAUGGAAUGCUCUCGUUCAAGGGCAUAAAAGAUGGUGUUUGUUUCCCACGGAAGCCUCCAAAGAGAUCCUGAAAGUUCCAUCAGGUCAAGGCUGGAAAAACCGUGAUGAGGCCGUAUCUUGGUUCACACAUGUCUAUCCCAAAACACAGCUUCCUGAUUGGCCAAAAAAGUUUAUUCCGCUUGAGAUCUUACAGGGACCCGGGGAGACUGUCUUUGUCCCAGGGGGCUGGUGGCAUGUUGUCGUCAAUUUAGAUGAUACAAUUGCUGUCACACAGAAUUUUGCCAGCGUCACAAAUUUUCCCAUUGUGUGGCACAAGACUGUGAGAGGCCGACCAAAAUUAUCAAAAAAGUGGUACAAAGUUUUAAAAAAAGUUCGUCCAGAGCUAGCUGACGUGGCAGACUCUGUAGAUUUGUCUAAAUCUACAGGAGUUAACUCAGACAGUUCUAGUGACUCUAGCAGUAGUAGCAGUAGCUCAGACAGUUCAGAUAGCUCAGAUAGCGAAUACAGCAAUAUGGAUGCAAGUAGAAAAAGGAAAAGGGCUAUCUCAAGGUCACCAAAUGGUUCCCGUCACCGGGCCAGGCCCCAUUCCCACUCACCAAGUCGCAGCAUAUCACUUACACCAAAGAACUCCAGACAACGCGAAGACUUUAUAUGCAUAAUGCAGAGAAGAUGUUACAAGUGUGUCAAAGGUUAUAAGGUCCUCCAUAAACUGUCUCAAUAUUAUUUGAAACCAAGGCACCUUACUGUUAUGACAGGUUUCCAUGCAAUACAGAAAAUGUCCAUGAUCGAAUGCAAACAUUUAAAGAUGAAGAUAAAAACAGCUUUAGGAAUGAUCGUUAUACUGCACAGAGAAUACGAAGGAACAGCGAGUGAUUCUUUAGAAUACCAGAACAACCAGAGUUUCAGUACGAAAGACCAGGACCAUGACGGUACUAACUCCGCCUUCGAUUGUGCUAAGCAUCACAAAGGGCCAUUCUGGUACAAUGGAUGUGCUGAUAGUGCUCUGUUUGGAGUCUACAAAGAUGGAGGGCAAUGCGAGUCAUACGCGACAUGUGUUUUGUGGAGACUAUGGCCCGAGGUGAUUGGUAGCCCAACUAAUAAUUGGUACUCAUUCAGUUGUACGAAUGAUGAUCCAACCGACUGA